CCCUUUCAUUUUCCCAUUCUACCUCCUCGUUAAUUUUGUUUGCUUGUUUCUUGCUCUCUCGGGCCGUGUGGCCCCUGGAUUUUUUGGCUGCUUUUCUCCUGUCUCUGUAAAGCACUCCUUGUUCUGGCAGAACUUUCUCCCGUUGAUCCCGAACACUUUUCACUUCCUGCUUUGCCCUCGUUCCUUUCCCUGAACGCCUAUCAGCUCUUCUGUCCCUCUGGCUUAGGCUUUCUUUGAGUCCCCAACUCUGACUCCUUUCUUUCCCUCAUUGUCAGCUUGCUUAUCCUUGCUCUUUCUCAUCGCUUUCAACUCUCAGUUUCUUGCCUGUAACCCUGCACUCCACAUGCUGUGAUUUCUGCUCCUCACUCAUCCACAUGCUCCAGUCCCCCAUCCUUGCCCAACCAGUGUCUCUUCCCUUUCUGCUUUGUUUCACUCCUUUCCUACCACUUUUGUGUCUGCCUAAAAUAGGGAAGAGUUGGCUUCAAGAGCAACUUCAUUAGCUGUUCUCAAUGUUGAGGCAGAAGCUGAUGUGGUUAGUGCCCAUAUCUUGACCAUGGCUUUGCUGAGCUCCGAGGGAGCAGCUGAAAGAUGCUUGGGGACCAGUAGCAACUCUUGCCCACUGUGGACUGUGUUGUAUGACUAUGAAGCCACUGGAGAAGAUGAGCUGAGUUUGCGUCGAGGGGAAAUGGUUGAAGUUCUCUCUAAAGAUGCAGCUGUGUCUGGAGAUGAUGGCUGGUGGGCAGGUAAAAUCCAUCAUCGUCUUGGCAUCUUCCCAGCUAACUAUGUGACUUACCAACCAGGGUGUUACCAACAUCCCCAGUUAGGGUUGUUGGAGAAGACUGGUCAUCAAGCCCAAAGCCUAGGCAUGGGUGAUGGGCACCCUGUGGAUAAUGAAGACCAUAUGGGUUCUCUAACAGAGAUUGACUUUCAACAUCUGGAACUGCAAGAGAUUAUUGGAGUUGGAGGCUUUGGUAAAGUUUACAGAGCUAUAUGGAAAGGCCAAGAAGUUGCAGUGAAAGCAGCCCGGCAGGAUCCAGAUGAGGACAUCAUGGCCACAGCACAGAGUGUGAAGCAGGAGGCGAAGUUGUUUUCCAUGUUGAAGCAUUCAAAUAUCAUUGAACUUCAUGGUGUAAGUUUGCAAGAGCCCAACCUCUGCCUAGUUAUGGAAUUUGCCAGGGGAGGACCCCUCAAUAGAGUUUUGUCAGGCACUUUCCCCACCACUAGUGGGAGCCACUGGGGCCGUCGAAUUCCUCCUCAUAUAUUAGUCAACUGGGCAGUACAAAUAGCUCGAGGGAUGCUUUACUUACAUGAAGAAGCCAUAGUUCCCAUCCUUCACAGAGACCUCAAGUCAAGUAACAUACUGUUGCUUGAGAAGAUAGAAAAUGAUGAUAUCCACAACAAAACUCUAAAGAUUACAGAUUUUGGCUUGGCAAGAGAGUGGCACAGAACAACAAAAAUGAGUACCGCAGGAACGUAUGCAUGGAUGGCUCCUGAGGUUAUUAAAUCAUCCAUGUUUUCUAAAGGAAGUGAUCUUUGGAGUUAUGGCGUAUUGCUGUGGGAACUGCUUACAGGAGAGGUUCCUUACCGUGGCAUUGAUGGUCUUGCUGUGGCUUACGGCGUUGCUGUCAAUAAGCUUACUUUGCCCAUUCCAUCCACCUGUCCUGAACCAUUUGCUAAACUAAUGAAAGAGUGCUGGGCACAGGAUCCACAUAUCCGGCCAUCAUUUACUAUGAUCCUUGAGCAGCUGACUGCCAUUGAGGGGGCUGUACAGACUGAGAUGCCUCAAGAAUCUUUUCAUUCUAUGCAAGAUGACUGGAAACUGGAAAUCCAGCAGAUAUUUGAUGAACUGAGAACCAAGGAAAAAGAGCUGAGGUCACGGGAAGAAGAAUUAACAAGAGCUGCUCUUCACCAGAAAUCUCAAGAAGAGUUGCUGAAACGGCGAGAGCAGCAGCUAGCAGAACGGGAGAUUGACGUAUUGGAACGUGAAUUAAAUAUAUUGAUAUUCCAGUUAAAUCAAGAGAAGCCCAAUGUUAAGAAGAGAAAAGGAAAAUUUAAGAAAAGUCGAUUAAAACUUAAAGAUGGGAACAGAAUUAGUUUGCCUUCAGAUUUUCAGCAUAAAAUCACAGUGCAAGCUUCCCCAAAUAUAGAUAAGCGCAGAAGUUUAAACAGUAAUAGCUCUAGUCCGCCAAGUAGUCCUCCAAUAAUUCCUCGUCUUCGAGCUAUACAAUUGAUUUCCAAAACUGACUCAAAUACAGCUAACGGGCAAAGAAACAGUAUAUAUGUGUACCAGCAAGAUGUAGAUAUCACAAGUGAAUAUGAACUUCCCUGUGGGGUUAAGACAAAAGUAACCUCAGAUGAGAGCAACCGAACAUGGGGAAGAAGCACAGCUUAUCACCAGGAAGAAUUUGAAGAUGUGAAAAGAAGCUUUAAAAAGAAAGGUUGUACCUGGGGACCAAACUCAAUUCAAACAAAAGAGCGUGCAGAUUGCAAAGAGAGAAUAAGACCUCUCUCAGAUGGUGGUAGUCCGUGGUCAACACUUCUGAUGAAGAAUCAUAAAGGUGUCCCAUUAGCUUCUUUGUUCAUGGACCAAGAACAGAGACUUUCCCCUGAAGGCCUUGAUCCUAGGCGACCAAAGCAGUUAAAAUUGCCAAACCAGGCUUAUAUCGAUCUACCUCUUUGGAAGGAUGACCAAGGACUCCAUUCUGCAGAACAAGAGAGCUUUGAAGAAGGAAAUUCUGCAACUUCUGCAAAUAGCACUCCACAAAUGACCCCCACAAACAGUAUCUGUAGAACAUUACAGAAAAAGAAAACUGACACUGUGCUGUAUGGCUGUGCUGUCCUUCUAGCCUCUAUAGCUCUAGGCUUAGAUAUCAGGGAGCCAAACAGAUUGCAAAGUGCGGAUGAAAUGUUGCCUAAGGAGGAAAAGAAGAAACGGGAUGGCCUGUUUCAGCGAGCAUCUAAGUUUCGCAGAAGUGCAAGCCCUGUAAGAUUGCAGCCGAAGAGAGAGGAGGCAACUGCCCCUUCUUCAGGUCCAUGUGCAAGUACUGUGAACCUCCUGUCCAUAUCUUCCGUUUCUACUAACUGCCUCCUUCAGUCUGACAGUGAGGAUGCAACUGUGAGCACAGUGCCUGGUAACAGAGACCUUUCCAUUGAACGUUUUUUGCCUGUAAGUCAUACAUGCAAACAAGAACAAACAGCCAAAGUUGAUCGUACUACCAAUUCUGAUUUGCCAUCUCCUAGUCUUCCUUUGAAGCAAGAACCUCAAUGCGCAGCCAGUGCCAUUUCUUCGAAAGUCAGAGUUUGGGGUCAUAGACGGACCAUGUCAGAUGGAAACGCAUGUCAUUCCAUAACUAACGGAAUUGCUAAUGGAACUCUUGAGAAUCUGCAUGUACCCGCUAUCCAGCGAACAAGCUUACACAAUGACCUUUCACCAGGGAAGCAAGAAAUUGUCAAUAUUAUACCAAGACCUCGACCUUCUUCUUUAAGAAGCAGAUUGGAUCCCUGGCUGGCUAUUUCUCAAAGUAUAAAGCCUAACCCUUUUGAGAUGGGUAAUUUAGAGGCUGAGAGAGAUUCAAAGGCUAAGUCACUGACUGCUACCAAGGAGAGAACUAAGUCCCACAUGCCCUCUUUAUUGGAUAUGGACGCAGAAGGUCAAAAUAGUGACUGUACAGUACCUUUGUGUAGGAUGAAGGGUAAAGCAGGUCAGCCAUCAAUAUAUGAACUGGAGAGAGAAUUCUUGUCUUAAGUGCCUUGGCAUUUUUAGCCUGUUUUAAAAACAAAACAUUGUGCAUGUGGUAAUGUUAUGCUGCUCUUUUCUAAAUUUUGUGAUCAGUAGAAUUUGGUACCAUACCAGAUAGAUGAACUAUUAAAUACAGAAAAAGUAUUGCAGGCAAUGGUCACUCUGUAAACCCAUGUGUAGUUUUAUUGAUUACCAUCAAUAUCCUGAAUGAACAUGGACAUGCUGAUGCCAAUAAACUUUUUCACCAUU